UCAUUCCAUAGCUCACCGUUAUCGCGUUUACUAUUUCGUCAGGUCCUAUCUAAGCUCGUCCAGGAUUCUCGCAGCCCACCAGAGCCCGCACUCAUCCCGUCCAGAGGUUUUCUCACCCCUCCUGGCGGACAGUUGGUGCAGACUUUAGUGGGUCACUCGGCCAGCACCGUGUAUGGACUCGCUGCGACAACUGACGGCAAAUGCGUUGUUACAGGGUCACAUGACGGUGUUGUCAAAGUCUGGGACAUCAGAGACGGUUCGUUAUUGCUGACCGUGCCUGAAGCUGGGCAAGAGAUUGGCAAGGUCGCGUGCUGUUGUGACGAUGGCAUCAUCGUGGUUUCCUCUAAGACUGGAAUAGCUGUGAUCUCGUUUGAAACCGGUGAAAUUCUUCAUAGAGUGGAAACCAAGUAUUUUGAGAGCUUUCCUCCACUCACAAUUGCUGGCGAAAACGGAACUAAAGUUGUCUUCUUCAAAGAGAAGGGUUUGCAUGUCAUCCUAACGUCUACGGGCAAAUUUUUGCACCAAUUUUCAAGCAUCAACCCCGUCGGCAAUGCGGGACAGAACAGUUUGCUCACCUCCUGGAAUGACAUCGUACUCUGUAACUCAAAACAAAACGAAAACUCCUUGAAAGUGAUUGAUGCCCACGACUUCAAAAUCCUCCAUUCAAUCACGGUGUUCGAUGAGAAAGACGAAGAAAAUCUACUACACCUCACUCAGAUAGCGAUGAAAUCCGAAAACGAGGUUCUAGUUGCCAAGAAGAUGAAAGUUGAUCUGUUCUCGGUCGAUAAAGGGGAAUUGUUACGAACGUACAAGUGCAAAAUCGAUGACUGGGUUAGAAACGCGUCGCUGGACCCCACACAAAAUAUGUUGGUUUUUCCUAAACACGAUAAAGUCGCUCUAAUUGAUCUCGAAAGCGGCGAGAGAAGGGAUGUUUUACCACACCCAAAUUACGUCUCCAGGAUUUUUUCGGUGGGCUGUGAUGGGAUUCUCACUUCCGGAGGUGACAACGUUGUAAGAGUCUGGGACCUAACUCGAGAGGAUGUUCGUAGACAGGUCGAAAAGCCUGAGACUUUAUUAAACAUUUAUUCCAUUCCCGGCGACUCCAGACACUUGGUAACAGUCGGCCGAUUGGGGAUUGAUAAUUUUUGCGUGACUAUUUGGGAUUUGCCUACGGUGUUACCAGUGCGCAAAGUCACUGGUAUUACAACAAGCUACCUUCAGAUCAUCAAUGACAGAAGAGUUGCUAUCCGUGUCAACAAUAGCGUGGCGAUCGUGGAUUUGUGCACGUGGAAGGUUGUGACGGUUCUAAAAGGAAAAAUCUCUGCGGAUGAUCUGUUGGGCGUGGAAGACAUCUGUGUUGUGAACGACAGAACAGAGAUUCUUACUUACUCGCACGAUCGCAAGAAUUUGACGCUCUAUGACAUCGAAACAGGCGACCAAGUCGCCGUGUUAAAAUCGGGCACAUCCCAACAUGACAUUCGUUCCUUCCUCGUAAACUCAGAAGGAACGGUUGCUGUGUGGAACGUGGCCCGGCCAUGUGACCAGUUGCAGGUGUGGGACCUGGAAACGAGAAAGCAAAUUUUUGUGAUCCAGAGGGAGGGGUGUGAGAGGUUGACCAAGACUCAUGCGGGCUUUACGCCGGAUGGCCAGUAUUUCGUAUCGUGUGCUAAAAAGACUAACAAAACUGACUCUAUCCAAUUCUCAGCGGUGUGGGAUGUACAGAGAAAGAUGCUGGCGCACGACUUGCGGUAUACAGAUGAUACAGACACCAUUGCUGUGAAAGUUAUGGACAACACCCGUGCGGUGACUGCGCACAAGGACUUGAACAUCGUCUGCUGGGACAUUGAACAAGGGACCCUUCUUCAUAUCCUUCCCAGCAGCCAUUUCAGUAACCUGCGCAUUGACGUCAUCGCCUCAAAAGGGGACAUAGUGGUUUCCUAUGACGAGAAGACGCUGAUCAUGUGGGAUAUGAGAGCGGGCGUGCAAAAAGCCUCUUUCACGGCAGACAAGGUGACAGCUGUUCAUCCCGUGGGGGAGGGUCAGUGUAUUGCUCUUGGCUAUGAAAGUGCUUUGCCCUUAGUACUUCUUACUCUCCAGGGAGGGGACAUUAAGCCGUACGAAUUCCCUACCGAGGGUACAAAGGCCAUGGCUGGAACAGGUAUGAUGUGAAAUCAAAAUGCUUUUUUUAAGACUGGUUUACCUGAAGACAACGAUUUUGUUUCCAUUGUUUAAUUCUUCGAGUCGGUUUAUCUAAAGGCAAUGCGUCAUUGUAAAGCGAGAAUCACGCAAUUUUUGCCCGCUUCUGGUUUCUUUUUGCUUUCUUUUAAUUAUUUUUAAAUUAUUCAUUUUAAAUGAGAAAAUUUGUCGUCAGUGACUCAAAACGACGAAUUUUUUUCUUUUUGAAUUUCUUGGAAGCCAGGAAUCGAUCGAUGGUUAUACUUAAUUCAUGGUUUUUUUAAAUAUGUUUUAAAGUUUUUCACAUUUACAUGUAAAUCUACUACUAAUUUGAUGCCGUUUUUGUU